UCUGUGAGCUAAUUCAGUUGGAUGAUGACAGGGGGAGCACGGUGAAAGAAAAUAAUCUGCUGUAAAGACAGGAAGAAACAUCUGUGAGCACAAACAGGGAAAGUCGACUAGGGGAGAUGGAGCCAAAGAGACCAAGCUGGGAUUAUCAGUGACGAUCACCUGCUAACAUGGACUGAUCUGGGAAGCUGCACUUCCGCGUAUAAACACAUAUUUCUUUACGUUUGGUUUCCCUGCUGUGAAGCGGAAGAGGCGUGAACAUGCAGGAGUCUCCAGGUAUCGCAGGUGUGGACGGCAACUACGGCAGCAAUGUGCCGGCUUUUCUCACCAAGCUGUGGACGCUGGUGGAGAACCCGGAAACCAACCACCUCAUCUGCUGGAGCGCUACCGGAACGAGUUUCCACGUGUUUGAUCAGGGACGCUUUGCCAAGGAGGUUCUACCAAAAUACUUCAAACACAACAACAUGGCGAGCUUCGUUCGACAGCUAAACAUGUAUGGUUUCCGUAAAGUGGUGAACAUCGAGCAGAGCGGCCUGGUGAAGCCUGAAAGAGACGAUACGGAGUUCCAACAUCUUUACUUCAUGCAGGGACAUGAACACAUGCUGGAGCAUAUCAAGAGGAAGGUGUCCAUCGUGAAAAGCGAGGAGACCAAAGUCCGUCAGGAGGACCUCAGUAAGCUCCUCUACGAAGUUCAGCUUCUGAGGACCCAACAGGACAACAUGGAGUGCCAGAUGCAGGACAUGAAGCAGCAGAAUGAGGUUCUGUGGAGAGAGGUGGUCUCGCUGAGACAGAACCACACGCAGCAACAGAAGGUCAUGAAUAAGCUGAUUCAGUUUCUGUUCAGCCAGAUGCAGUCAAGCACACCCAGCGCUGUGGGACUGAAGAGGAAACUGCCUCUAAUGUUGGAUGACGGCUCUCCCAGCCCUCCUCCUUCUAAGUUCAGCCAUAACCAUCAGAUAGAGCCUGUGCAUGAACCCUACUACACCCAAUCGCCAUCCAGCAACACUGCCUCCUGUUCUGCUGAUGGACUGACAGGAGGACCGAUCAUAUCAGAUGUGACUGACAUGUCUCAGACCAGCAUGACCAUUCAGAUGCAGUCUGCUGACAGCAGGGAGAAGUGCAUGAUGCUCAUCAAAGAAGAGCCCGUGAGCCCAGGAGUCCGUGCUGGAGCAAAAGGGGGAGGUGUUGGUGGAGGAGAGGGCCUGGCGAUGACCUCCACCUGUGAGGUGUGCUCCUCGGAGCCUCCAGUCCUCCCUGUGGCCAUGGUGCAGUCUGUCCUGGAGGGGAGGGGCUCAGCAGCUUCAGCGUUAGAGAGGAGGAGCAGGAGACCUGUUCUCGACAGAGCUGAGCUUCCAGAGUCAGGGGAGAACGUAGAAAUGAGCCUGGAGGAGCUGCAGCAGCUGCUGCUCAGGAGCCACCAGCAGAGUGCUGUGGAAGCGACAGCUGGCGGCGUGAUGGAUCCUUUCAGUUUAAGCCUGCCUCUGACUGAGUGGAACUUCACAGAGAUGGAGUCCAACCUCAAAUCUUACAUCUUCCAGAAUCAGGAAGCAGAGGCUUUUCCCGCGACUAGCUGUGAGGACCAGUGACUCUGAGCCACAGACCGUCGCAGUUUAAUAGAAAGGCCACAGAAGCUGCUGUUCCACUCAUUACUCGACUCCACGGGAGUUUGAACUCAAGGCCCUGCCAGGCUGUUUCCUACACGCUGUUUUAUUUCCAUUCUGUGCACAGAAGGACAUCUGAAAGAAAGGGGACAAUGGGAUUUUCUAACUACUCCCUGCUUUGCUGGCUGCCAUGGAUUUGAUGUCCACAUUUGCAGUUAAGGAAACAAAAUAGUGUUGUUAUGACAUAAUUCGACUCAUUUAAAGCCAGAUGGAUGCUGACUGCACAUUCUUGGCUUCUGCACUUUAGUCUUUGUGUGAGUUCUAGCUUGUAGAUGUGAUUUUUUUUCCCUUCCUAUAAAUAAUCUAUUGCAGAAAUGUAAAACUGUCUUCUAUUAUUUAACAUGACAAGGUAAUCAUGGGGGUUAAUGUAGCAUAUUUCACAAGCCAGUUUCCUUGGUCUGUGUAAAGGCUCCUCAUCGCUCACAGUAACUGCUGCAGUAGACCAGAAGUGUGUUUGCCUAGGUGUUUCCACACCAGACAGGAUAUACGUAGGCCACCCUGUAAGCUCUGCGUCUUUCAGAAACCUCCAAAGGAAGGCAUGCCGGAGGAAUCAUGAGCAGAUGCCAAAAUAUCCUCAACAGACUACCUUUGUUGCGGAGAAGCAGCAGCUCUACACCCUAUCGCUAAGGCUCAGCCAGGCCAACCUCUGGAAGAAGCUAAUUUUGUCCGCUUUGAUCCAGGAUCUUGUUCUUUCAGUCAUAAUCCAUAUCUUGUGAUCAUAUGAGGUCAUAACGAAGACGGCGGUAAAUCGAGAGCUUUUGUCUCAUCGCCCACUUAACUUCAGACGAGGCCCCAAUAGCUACUGUAUGUCCAUCUCCCACUGCACACUACCAUCGCUUAAACUAAACUAGCAAUGGGUGGAAGGACUGAAGUGUCUCGCACUGUGGAGUUCUACCUACCUGGUCAAUAUGUCCUGAUUUAACAUAGAGCCAUUUUUUGUUUUUCCUGUUUUAACUUGUGAAACAAUGAAAAAAAGACAUAAAAAAACCAGUUUCACAUUUUGCCCAGUCUACAUUCUGUUAGGAGUUUUGACAUUUUAGGCCUCUUAUUUUCUGUUUUUAGAAGGCAUACACUUUGUAGUCGCUGCAGCUGUUUAUGGAUACAAACUGAGCUGAGAUGCUGAUGAGAGCGCACAUGAAACGUGACCAGAUAAUUCCAGGUGGUUUUACACCGAGAGACCAUACAGACCAUACAUUUUUAAAUUGUUGGUUUAGUUUACAUUGCUGCAUGUAUGAUGAGAUUGUUCCCUAUAGUUUAAUCUGUAAUACACCCUUGCAUACCUGAUUGAAAAACAUUUAUUACAGUUUCUUUUUUUCCUUUUUUGUGUAAAAUUGGUUCGUGCUCAGCAUUGGUUGCAGGCAACAAUUAUUUGUAAUAAUGUAAUUAGGAGAAAGUAGCUGCAGAUAAGUUGAAUUGUGCAAUAUUGUACAGAAGCGUGCACAGAUGACCAUUGGAAUGUAGGACAUGAACAUGUAGAUGUGGGUUGUAGCAUUAAGCAGAGUACGACGAGAUGCACCGCUAAGGGAGAAAGUUUGCCUGUGAGUCUAAAAGUGCUGCUAUUCGUGCUGAGCUGGACAGUGGCUUUAAACAACCGUUCCGUUACGGUGAAGAGACAUCAGCAGUAGAGAGCCUGCAGCUGGUGGCCGAGCUGCAGGCUCUCUACUGGGUGUGCUUUGCAGUGGCAGUGCCAUAACCUUUUCACCCCAAACAAUUUGUGCAGAAUAUCAGCAGGUUUUGUUGAAUGUAACUGUAAAACUUUCUGCAAGCACAGCUUCAAAGAAGGCACAUACUAGUUGGAGCUUCCAGCCUGCACUGCUGCUGUUGCUUUUCUUUACGGGCGAGUGGAUGCCUAGUCGCUAGCGCAGUGCGCUUGUGUUCUGAGAAAGCUGCAAGAAUCUGCUUGGAUUCCUGCAGACUGCCACUAUGGGUCCUUGACCAAGACCCUUAGCCCCCAGACUGCUCCCAGUGCUGUAAAGCUGCCCACUGCUCCCUGACCUAAGGGAUGGGUUAAAUGUGGGAGACAAAUUUCAUUGGAAUGUACAAUUGCAAUGACAAGGAAAGAUUUAUUUAUUUAUUUCCACUGUUGCACAAAAAAUAUAUUUUUAAUGAGGCUUAAAUGCCUGUAAAACAUGUUGGUGCAAUUCCAGCUGCAACUUGUUUUAAGGGAAAUGAAAAGCGCAAUAAACUCAAAAGAAACAGCUUACGGAGACAAAAACUGAGCUGAUAUUUUGCCUAUACGCCUUAAUAUUUUGAACUUAAAAAAACAAACAAAAAAAAAACAUUAAAAUGUGAAUUGCAGGGUAACUUUUCUGUGGUUCUGCCUCCUUCUCUGUGAGUGUUUUGGAGUAACUGAAAGAAAAAGUGACCUGUGGUGUAAAAUACAUGAAAUUGCACUAAAAAAUUGCAGUUGUACUUAGCAGUUGUUUUUGUUCCUCAUCAUAUGAGUGUAAAUGGCUUUUUCAAGGGGUGAUGAAUUGCAUAUUCAGUUGCUGUUGUGUUCCUAAUUUAUUCUGUUUUAAAUUUGAAUCAUUUGCACUGGCAGAGAAUGGAUGUGCGUUCAAAUGGCAUUUAUGCUUGUCGGGAUUGCAGACAGAUAAGGAAGUAUUUUUGUUCAGGGACUGAAAAGACAGCUGCUGUUAACAAAGCCUGGCAUCCCAAAAGCACCUCUGCACUGUGAGCCUCCAUGAAUAAAUCUACAUACAAAUUUCACAGCACUUGCUGCGUUUGCAAAAGAUAAUAGAAAGCAAGCGUGCACUGUCAGUAAAAGACGGGGAUGAUCUCAGUACUCAGACGCUUUUGAGAGUGGGCCACAACUUGUUCAAAAAAUAUACGAAACAUUUAAGGGGAUUUUUUUCUUCAAGACUAAAGUGUAUUGUCACAAAUACUGAGCAUGUAUUCCACCUAUGUAUGAACUACUUUAGUGGGCAACAUAAAUAAAAGUUAUAAAAAAAAA